UAACGCUGUCAAUUCGAACAAGUUUGACCCCUCUGUUCCUCAUUCAAUCAAUAUCUUUGGUCAAGAGGUAUUUAAGUCUUAUUCAUCCCGUUGUACCUGAAACCUAGCUUGUCUUGCGAUUGCAAAGCUACCUACCUAUCUUACUCAUAUUCUAUCCUGCAAAACAGCCCAUAUUCCGUGUUAAUUUCUACACAAUCAUCUAUCAAAAUGUCUUCUUCAAGCCAGACCAAGUACCCCAAGAAAGCCAAUGCUCCCAACGAAGCAUCUGUGGUGCUUCUCCGCAGUCUAUGCGAACGUCUCAAGCCCAUGCUAAACACCGCCGUCUAUCUCAGCCAGGAGCAACUGAAGGAUCUUGGGGUCGAGUGUGCAGGGCUUGACCUCGACACCGGAAAACCAACAGAUAAAGGUCCAAGGUUUCUCCAGUUGGCAUCGAUGAGUCAGAUGGAGACCCUGGCUGAAAAGGCAAACCUGAUUGAUAUGGACGUCGUCCAGGACUCGACGGAGAACGACUGGCAUACAAUGCGUUUUAUUUCGUACUUUUACUUGACAUUAUUCCGAUUGGUCCCUGAAGAGGACCACCCGGAUCGGCAAACCAUUCUCCAGAAGACACCGUGGUCCAUUACCAAUUUCGAAUAUAUUGGCAAUUCUACCGCAGAGGGAUGCCACUGGGUUGUUGGUUUCGCCUUGAAAGUUUCUGACAAAUCUAUGCCAGAUGUAGUAUGCUUCCUUGGAAACGAAGAACCACUCAGGGACGACGAGAUCUAUACCAGCGAACUUUGGUGCAUUUCUCGGUUCGGCGGCGGUGAAUUGAUAAAGAAGGAAUACCGUCAUCAUCAGACAGCGCCUGUCACCGUUGUAUCAGUUUCGGGCAGAAGCCUUCGUGUGGUGCAAGGUUAUACCGAUGGGCGCGUUGUCGUGCGGAAGUCGCCUAUUUACGAGCUUGAUAGCGACGAUGAGACUAACUUGUCGGUACUCCUGAAGUUCGCUCCCUGGUUCUUGGGCCAUCCAUGCAGAGAAUGACUGGAUCAUCUGGGCUAAUUUGCGGUUUAACUUGGGAUUGUCAUGAGAUUGAUCUCCUUGAGUUUAUCUACCUACAUAUUGCCGACAAUACUUAUCAAUGAAAGUCUCCUUUGUUCAUCUACAUACACACAGACACUCUAAAUUGCAAGACACGCCUAGAUAGCUUCUCUAAAAUUCAUAUCUCUAUAGCUGCAUGGUAUAUUUCUUGCUUUUUCUCUUCGAGAAGGUGUGCAACUACGAUGCUCUCAUAUUGACAUCUAGUUUCUAAAGAAAAGUAAAUCCCAAGUAAGAUUAACA